AUGGCAUCCACCCCAGCAGCCACAGCCCCUCUCACAGCGUCUUGCCACUGCGGCCGCGUGACCUUCGCGAUCCCCGCACCGCCAACCAAGUGUAACGAGUGCCGCUGCAGCAUAUGCUACGCGUACGGCGUGUUCUGGGCGUACUACACGCGCCGCGACGUGACGGUGACAACGGCAGGGACCGGGGCUGAGAUCAAGGCCGGAGAGAACGCCGACCUGAGCGAGUACAAGCGCACCGAUGCCGCCGCCGCCGGGUCGGAAGCGUUCUACCGGUGCGCGAACUGCGGGUGCAUGACGCAUUGGUGGGGACUCGGCGCAAACGCCAGCGACGAUGCAAAGAUGGGCGUGAACGCGCGCCUGCUAGGCGAGAACGCCAUCGAGGGCGUGGAGAGCUACAUCGGCCGGUGCUGA